CUGUUCCCCUUCCCUUGUCCCGGACGUGCAAGGAGCAAUCAGGUCAGGACUAGGGUGAGGGUUUCAUGGAGACAGAGGGAAUCUGUUAGAUUUGCCGUGCUUGUGGCCUGGUGGGAUAGGGUACUACAACAAGCUGCCGAUCCAGGGAGCCAUCCCGAUCGCCAGCAGGCAAUACGGGAAGAGGUCGUGCGCCGAGUGUGCUCGCGGUUGCGGAGGUUUCUCGUUGGUGAGCCAUGGGAGGGGUACCCAGCGUGCUGCUUUGCCUUUGGUGUCGAGGGGGGUGCUCGACGGCGACGGUGGCUGCGGCGCUGACGUUUUUCCCUCCAAGCCCUCCAUGCUACUCGCUGAAAAGAAAGGAGGGGAGCGAGGAGCUGGAGAUGGUCGUUGACGAAGUCUUGGAGGCAACGGCGACAACAGAGGGCGUAGAAAUCGCGACAAUCGUCUCCGGAGUCAGCGGGAGCCGAUGCGGAGAGCCGGUCUUGGCAGCUGUCGCCAAUCCAAAGCCCAAGGGCAAAAGGAACAGCAAAGCAGCCGGGGGGAAAGGCGGUAGUGGCGGGGGCGGGGGCGGGGGCGGCGGCAGCAGCAGCGGCGGCUUCGCCAAGGUCGGGAAGAUCGGGGGGGGGGGGCGGGGGUCCACCAUCCCCGUGGCCUUGUACCGCACGGCGAACGCCAGGUACACGCUUAUCUACAGCCACGGGAACGCGACCGACAUCGGGGCGAUGCACGACCGGUGCGCGGGGAUCGCGGAGGCCGUCGGGGUGAACGUGCUGGCGUACGACUACACGGGGUACGGGCGCGCAAGCGGCUCUCCCACGGAGGCCCGGACGUACAGAGAUAUAGAGGCGGUGUGUGCAUGGGCGCGAAAAAACGUGCUGCAGGAGGGAGAAGACGGCAGCGGGAAAAAUAAGGGGCAUGGUUUGAUCCUGUACGGCCAGAGCGUCGGAAGCGGCCCCACCUGCUACCUGGCCUCAGACAAGUCCAAGGGCUCCUUUGCGGGCGUGGUGCUGCACAGCCCCAUCCUGAGCGGCAUGCGCGUCCUGACGGAGAGCCGAGCGCUCUCGUGCCUGGACAUCUACCCGAACGUGGACAGGGCGUCUCGAAUAACUUGCCCGGUGAUGGUGAUGCACGGCGCGAGGGACGAAGAGGUGCCGUGGGAGCACGGCAAGGGGAUAUUCGAGGCUGUCCCCGAGCCGUUGAGGAGACGUCCCUGGUGGGUGCCGGACAGGGGCCACAACGACAUCUGCGAGGGGAGACGUCACCUGAGGGAGUACUUCGCGAGGCUCAGCGCCUUCGUCAGGUCGCUCGACCGAGAUGACCCCAUCGCAACCGCAGAAGCGUUACCCGCUACCGCCGCCGCCGCUGCCGAACCCAUAGCGAGCGCCACAAAGAACCCCCCGGCCGCCGCCGGGGCGGGGGGGGCCGCGAUCGCCAACGCCGGGGGCCCCGUCCUCGCGGCCUCCUCCGUGUUGGUGGCGUCUGGUGCGCCGGCCAGCGGCGGCGGUGGCAGCGCAUCGGUGAACGGGGGGCGAUAGUGACGAAGCAAAGAGAAUAGAGGCGUGGGGGCUCCGUCGGGUGUUGAGGGACUAGCUGCCGUUUCUCGAACGGCCGGUAUUAGAUAGCUCAACUUGUAGCUUUUUCUAAAGAGAAAAGCCGACAUAUUUCGAGAGAAGCCAGUAUUUUUUGUUUGUACUCUGUUUUGUAGGUAGUGCCUGUUAAUUUUUUCCUGUUAUUUUUUUUUAAUGCACAUGAAGUUUGUGCAACGUUUGUUUGUCAUCGUUGAGAGUGGCCAGGCUGUGCCAUCAAAACCCGUGGGAAAAGGAUUCUGUCAAUCUCAAGCGAUGGGCUUAUCAAAUUUGUUGGCUUGAGAGUCUGAGGUCACCGUCAAACGGACCUUGUGUGCUGUAGCUAAGGAUGAAGGCAUUACUUGUAGAUGCUGGAAAGCGAGCUGUCGGCCGUUUGAUAACACGUACUGCCACGACCCCUUAUUGUUAGCACAAAGCCGAGGGGUGAUCCAGUUUUCUAUGUGCGACAGUCGAGCGCACUGCCGCAAGACCGUGGCCUUAAAAAGGUGAUGGCGGAGUCAAUCGGCACGCACGAAGCAUAGUUGUGCGUUUUUUUUUUUUUUUUCGACAGCAUGCGAAUUGGGUGAGAGCGAUGUACAUCCCUUUCCAAAAAAGCGCUCGCUCCGUAAUAACUACUCGAUAGGGUUGUGUCGAGAAUGUUAUAUCUUCGUUGUAUAGACACAUACAUGUUGUCGUCGUCAUCGCGGCUUGACCUCUUCGCUGCUAGUAGCGAUUGGUGGGGUGGGUUACCUAUCCCCGCGUUUCUUCGUUUUCAAGGCCUUUUUUGUCUCUUUUCCGAGAUGCACCGGUUGAUCUCGUCUCUCCUGACUCUUCUCGAAAAUGCAGGCGAAGUGCCUUCGUCUUUCGUGCGACGUGUGCUCUUCGACACGCACCUGACUCAGCGUUAAUUUUCUUUGUCGUUUUAGUUUUGCCGCCUGACGGACGGGCGACUUAUAGGCGGCCCUAUUGUCUGACAGAUGAUGAUGCGCGAAGAAAAUAGAGCUGGUUGGGUGAAAAAUGUUGGGCAUAUGUUUUUUUGGUCGUGUUGCGAAUGCGAUCGUAGAGGACGCCGAAGCGUACGAACCCGGUUCUUCCGUGUGGUGUUACUGGCCGCCUUUGAUGGCAGCGGUGCAACUGCUGUGUACCUAACGACUUGUGACGGAAAACAUUGACAGCUUUAGUCCUCUUUUUCUUUUUUCAGCGAAGUGUCGGGUGUGGUGAGUGAGGUGUCGUUCUUGUGACAAAAAGCUGACUUUUAGUGCAUCGCUGCGCCACACUAUUUCCUGCUGGCCGGGUGGGAUAGAGGAAGCAUUUUCCUGUCCAAGCCCGGAAUGGCUGUACCGUGGUAGGCAGGCGGGUGUAGUUUGGCUGCCCCCCUCGCCAUGAAGCGCAUUUUCCUUGUUGUGCCUCUAUUACCCAAGCGUGUGGUGGGGUUCCUCUAGCGUCAGAGCUUUCAUCAUGAGGCGAACCGUCUUGGAAGCGUGGGUGUAUGGCGAAGGGUAGAGUGCCGUUGCUGCGUGAAAGCGACGUGCGUUGUUUUAAACCGCUUAAACCGCCUUUUGCAAUGGGUGUGAAUCGGACUGACAACUGUCAUGGUACAAGCAGAUAUCACACCUCGUACCAUACCCAAUACUACCGUAAGGAUUUUAGAAUUGCAUCACCGAUAGGAAUUAACAAUCAAGAACGUAACGGAUGACACGUCAUUUCCGGAUGGGCGUCCGAGAGAGAUCGCACGGGGGUGGGCACGUUUUUUGUUUUGGUGUAUGAUUGCUGGCCGUGCAGCGCAUGGUUGCGUGCUGCCUCGAGGAAGAACUUGAGCUGCAACAACCACCCUGUAUCAGAAUUAGCUCAAGCCAUAAUGCGCUAUUCCAUUGCUGCACAAGGUGUUGUUAUUGCAAGUGUGUCCAACGGUCAAGUUCAUAUGAGUGAUACAUCUUAAGCAGCAUUUUUGUUUG